UCUCACAGGUGUACCUAAGAUUCCUUCCCCUCCACCAUGCGACUUCACUAAUAUGCCUUCUUGUUUUCACCUGCAAAUGAGUUUAUUAUAAUUGGACUCCUGCUUCCACUCUGUAUUUCUUGUCCCAAAACAAUGGCACCCGUCUUUUCUUACAUUCACAAUCUUAUCAGCAAUGAUAUUCUUUCUCUUCUAUCUAUAGUUUUCUUCACAAUUUUCUUAUUAUACAGUGCCACCAAAUGGUCUAAAUCCAAGAACAAGUCCCCAUUAUUACCGCCAGGGCCCAUCGGCCUUCCGUUGGUUGGAAGCUUACCUUUUCUAGACCCGGAGCUCCAUUCAUACUUCGCCACCCUAGCCCGUUCUUACGGUCCAAUUUUCAAGAUCCGGCUCGGGCUCAAGCUUGGCGUCGUAAUAAGCUCCCCAACCCUGGCCCGUGAAGUGCUCAAGGACCACGACAUUACUUUCGCUAAUCGGGACGUGCCGAUUGUGGCCCGAACUCUGACCUAUGGCGGGACCGAUAUAGUUUGGACCCCCUAUGGGCCUGAGUGGAGGAUGUUGAGGAAGGUCUGCGUCCUCAAGAUGCUUAGCAACACCACUUUGGACUCCGUCUACGUACUCCGUCGUAGGGAGGUCCGAGAAACCGUGGGCUAUCUAUAUAGUCGGUCCGGGUCACCGGUCAAUUUUGGGGAGCAAGUAUUUUUAACGAUACUUAAUGUGAUUACGAGUAUGAUUUGGGGUGGUACGGUGAAAGGUGAACAACAAAGGGCCAGUCUUGGUGCGGAGUUUAGGCAAAUGGUGGCCGAGAUGACCGAAUUACUUGGUAAGCCCAAUAUUUCAGAUUUUUUUCCGGGGCUCGCCCGGUUCGACUUGCAAGGCCUGGACAAGAAGAUGAAAGUUUUGGCCCAAACUUUUGACCGGAUCUUUGAUAUGAUGAUUGAUCAAGGACUAAAGAUGGAUAAAGAGGGUGGUAAGGAUUUCUUGCACUUUCUGUUGCGGUUCAAGGAUGAGGAAGAAGCACUCACCAUGUUGCAUAUGAAAGCUCUGUUCAUGGAUCUGAUCGUGGGCGGGAGUGAUACAUCUACCAAUUCAAUGGAAUUCACAAUGGCAGAAAUCUUAAACAACCCGGAGGUGAUGGCAAAAAUCAGGCAAGAACUGGAUGCAGUGGUUGGCAGAGACAACAUUGUAGAAGAGUCUCACAUACAGAAACUGCCAUACUUAAAUGCAGUAAUGAAAGAAAAUCUCCGGCUGCACGCACCGAUACCGCUGCUAGUCCCUCACUGCCCUAGCCAAACAUGCACCAUUGGAGGGUACAGCGUGCCAAAGGGUUCUCGUGUGUUUUUUAACGUUUGGGCUAUACACAGAGACCCUUCAGUUUGGGAAAACCCAUUGGAGUUCAAGCCUGAAAGGUUCUUGAAUAGUAAAAUGGACUUUAGUGGGAAUGACUUGAGUUAUUUCCCAUUUGGGUCAGGCAGGAGAAUUUGUGCUGGUGUUGCAAUGGCUGAGAGAAUGUUUGUGUAUUCUCUUGCAACACUUUUACACUCUUUUGAUUGGAAAUUGCCACAAGGAGAGAAGUUGGAUCUCACUGAAAAGUUUGGGAUUGUCUUGAAGUUGAAGAAUCCUCUUGUUGCAGUCCCAAUUCCCAGGCUAUCUGAUCCUAAACUUUAUGACUAGCUAGGCAGUUAAAGAAGUAAUGGAAGUUAUGAUCUUUUUUGCUUUCUUUCAAUGGCUAGUGUUACAACUUAAGUGCUUGUCUAUCGAUCAGCCACUAUAGGCGAUCGAGCUCCUGUCAAGCACUGUCUCAUGAUUGAAGUGUCAAAGAAAAAAAAGAAAAAACAUGGGGGUCGCAUGGGACCUGCAUGAAGAAAAAAAAAUUUGUAGUAAAAGACGUCUUGUUUUUUAUGUUGUUUUUUCUUUAGUGGUGGAUGAGCAAUUAUGAUUGUUUUUUUUUUUUAAUUAUUUUGUUUCUUUUGCUAGUGGAGAGAACUGAAUUACACGCGAUAAGGGAGGGAUUAAAAGUUGUAUCUGAAGGCCAGUUGAGGAAUAUAAAUAUACAUUGCGACUCAAAAAGAGCUUUGGCAAAGGUUAAUAUGAAGGAGACUAUACUCACUAAGGAUGACAAUGUGAUUAUGGAGAUAAGAGAGCUAGAGAAGACGAUGUUAAACACUCAAUUCACGUUUAGGCCGCGGUCUACAAAU